GCCCGCGAGGCCCCCUUGUCAUUGGCCGCCGGGAGGGGACGGCGGCGAUGUCGUGCUGUGGCAGCGGCGUCCGAGGCCUGGGCCGCCUCCUCCUGCUCCUGCAGAAAAAUGGGGUACGGCAUUGUUCGUAUUCAGCCACACGGAAGAACCUUUACAUCACGAAGGACACAAAGGUCAUUUGCCAAGGUUUUACUGGCAAACAGGGUACCUUUCAUAGUCAACAGGCAUUGGAAUAUGGAACCAAUCUAGUAGGAGGAAUUUCGCCAGGCAAAGGGGGCAAAACGCACCUGGGGCUUCCAGUCUUUAACUCUGUAAAGGAGGCCAAAGAAAAAACGGGUGCUUCCGCCUCCGUGAUAUACGUGCCACCGCCAUUUGCUGCUGCCGCAAUCAACGAAGCCAUUGAUGCCGAAAUCUCCCUUGUAGUGUGCAUUACAGAAGGUAUUCCCCAGCAGGACAUGGUGCGUGUCAAACACAGAUUGCUUCGCCAGGAAAAGACUCGGCUUGUUGGCCCAAAUUGUCCGGGAGUGAUCAACCCUGGAGAAUGUAAAAUUGGCAUCAUGCCUGGCCACAUUCACAAAAAAGGAAGAAUUGGAAUUGUAUCAAGAUCUGGCACCCUGACAUAUGAAGCUGUUCAUCAGACAACUCAAGUUGGACUGGGACAAUCCUUCUGUGUUGGAAUCGGAGGAGACCCAUUCAAUGGAACAAAUUUCAUCGACUGCCUGGAUGUCUUCCUAAAGGAUCCCAAUACUGAAGGGAUUAUACUGAUAGGCGAGAUCGGUGGAAACGCAGAAGAAGAUGCUGCUGACUUCCUUAAGAAGCACAAUUCUGGUCCAGACGCAAAGCCGGUCGUCUCGUUUAUAGCUGGAAUCACGGCUCCGCCGGGCAGGAGGAUGGGUCACGCCGGGGCGAUCAUUGCUGGUGGAAAGGGCGGCGCGAAAGAGAAGAUCGCUGCCCUCCAGAGCGCAGGCGCCACCGUCAGCAUGUCUCCUGCUCAGCUGGGCUCUACGAUGUACAAGGAGUUUGAGAAGAGGAAAAUGCUGUGAGAGGAAGAGGAGGAGGACAAUCCAUCAGAAAUAUCAGCACAGCCUUCCUCUGUGCUUUUUAUUUUUCACCCACUCACUUUUAUUUGCCUGAAUACAACUGACGUCAGCCUACAAACCCAGCUUUAAAGCCACGCGCUUUCAUUUCAGUGGCUUCUUUGUUCAGACGUGAUUGUACAUUAUAGUAAAUGAAUAAACCCACCACUAAACAUGAUGAUUUGAAACCCUGAA